AUGACACCUGUGGAGGCUGUUAUUACCUGCCCGUGGAUCUCCUGUGUUUUCCUCAGUUGUACUGAUCACAGUGGAUGUUCUUUAUGCUGUCAAAUACGUUGGCUUUAAACACCGCUCUCUGACACUGCAGACUUCGUGUUGGUACACGUGAAUAGCCACGCUAUUCAUAGCCUCCGAACUCAUAACUUACCAGCCCCAUACUGCUGUGUUAUGCUCUGACAGCAUAGGAUCUCCUGAUUAUCGCUGUUUUCGGGGACAAUUGCUGAGUUUGAAUGCUUUAGAGUGAGGCUACCGUUAGCCUAGCUUUGCCUAUUACAUUAUUGAACAUUUCCUCGUCAGCGGUCGAGGUCGUAGAAAGCUAUGCCGAAUCAGACCGGGAGUAGAGAGAGAACAUUUUUUUCUGUCACAGAAAAAAAAAAAAAAAAAAUUCCACCACCCUCCUCCAGCCGGUUUCUUCUUCAAUCAAGUUGGGCUUUACAUGCACAGGAGGAAAAUACUCUGACAGCUCAAUGUUAAAGCGCCAGGUGGAGGAGACACGGCACUUCUGAGUCGGCCAUGGAGGACACCGAACACGAACACCCAAGAAAUUGCAGCCUUUUUCAAAUCUUACAAACCCCGAAAAGAAGAAGUCAAACAUCUCAGGAUCAUGCUUUAUGGUCCCGUUGGUGCCGGAAAGUCCAGUUUCGUGAACUCUGCUGACUCCGCUCUAAGAGGUCGUAUUGCCGGGAGAGCUCAAACAGAUGCAAUCUCUGGAAGCAGCCACACCAAGGAAUACAAAACUUACAAAAUUGAAAAGGACGAUAAGAGCUACUACCCUUUUGUUUUCAACGACAUCAUGGGCCUUGAGCGAAACGCCAACAAUGGAGUUCAUGUGGACGACAUCAUACUGGCUCUAAAGGGACACGUGAAGGAAGGUUUCACGUUCAACCCGUUCACCAAGAUGUCAACGGAUUAUUAUUACUACAACUCCAAUCCCUCUCUGGAUGACAAAGUCCACGUCAUGGUCUGUGUCAUUCCUGCUGACUCUGUCUCCCUGAUCAAUGAGAAAAUUCUGGACAAGUUUAAACAAGUCAGAGCAGCUGCCACUGAACUGGGAAUUCCUCAAAUGGCCAUUCUCACCAAAGUGGACCAGGCCUGUCCUGAGGUGAAAAGAGAUAUUAACAACCUACACAAGAGCAAGUACCUGAAGGAGCAGGUGGAAAAAUUCAGCUACUUGCUGGGAUUACCAGUUAACUGCAUCUUUCUACUGAAGAACUACGAAUCAGAAAUUGACACCAGUAAUGAGAUCAGUGUGCCGAUCCUCGCCGCCCUCAAACAGAUGGUGAACUAUGGAGAAGACUACCUGAAUGACCAUUAAACCUUCAAACUGCUGAGGCAGACAAUCAAUGAUGAAGGUGUUUAAACACAAACCUGCAGAAGUGAUUCUUUUUGGUAAUGUUGCUGUUGCAUGAUGCUUAUUUUUGUGAUGAGAAGCAUGCUGUUCACUAACUCAGUGGUCCUUAACCUUUGUCCCACUGAGCCCCCAGGACCCACACAGAAAAAAGGCACAUAUUGCUGCCAGAAAUACACAUAAAUUUGAGUUGUUUUAAUUGUUUAAAGCCAAACACAGUAGCCUAAACUCCAAGUGCUAUAAGCAAAAGACCUUGGUAUGAACCAUUCAAACAGGUUUUUAAUGAUUUUAGGUAGUUUUAGUAAACCUAACUAACAUCCUCAGAGCAGACAGGCCAUUGCGCCCCCCUACAAGAGAGAACAUAAUCAUGUAUGUAGAGUCAGUCUGGCCCCACAGUUCUCUGCCUGUCAACAGUCUGACCUCCAUGGUGAAAAGCUUGUGCUUUAAAGACAAGGC